AUGUUCCGGAACGUGAUCUCUUGGAACAGAAGUGAUCACAAUGUGGUUGGAUUGUUGAUUAGGCAUUUCGCUACCAAACCGAAACCCAAGAUGAAACCGAUCGAGCUCAACACACCACCAGAGCAAACACAGACCAUCACGCGAGUGAUCUUUGAUAUUCUGAAGGAGCAUGGACCUCUCACCAUUGCUGAAACAUGGGAUCGUGUCAAGGAAGUGGGAUUAAGGGGUUUAACGAGCAAGCGUCAUAUGAAGAUAAUACUGAGGUGGAUGAGGGAGAGACAGAAGCUGAAGCUUAUAUGUAACCAUGUUGGCCCUCACAAGCAGUUUCUCUACACUACUUGGUUCACUAAACACAACCCUUCUAAAUCCCACAAGUUGCCGGAUAAUCUCACCGGAAAAUCUUCCGGCCACCCUAAACUUCCUUGA